ACAGUAUAGUAACUGUGGGUAAAGUAACUUUAACAGUAUAGUAACUGUGGUAGUAAAGUAACUUUAACAGUAUAGUAACUGAGGAGUAACUGUCCAGAAUGAAGAUACUCCAUGUUGUCUCCUGCUGUCUCCUCUCAGCUUUGUGUGUUGUGGUGUCAGCUGUCACUAAGGAAGUGGUAGGAGGACAAGUCACUGUGGGCUGCUCAUUCACUUUGGCAGGGAACAACAACAAAUACUUCUGCAAGGGGACAUGUUCUGGUAGAGACAUUCUGGUUGAAACUAAGGGGAGCAAGAAUGUAUCUCAAGAUAGAUACAGUAUAGAAGACAAGGGAGAUGGAGUCUUCUAUGUGACCAUCAAGAACCUGAUGAAGUCAGACUCUGGGACCUACUGGUGUGGAGUGGAACGAACUAUAAAGGACACAUUCCAAGAGGUGAAUCUCACAGUUACAGAUGCUCCUCCCACUUCUACAACCUCAACUGUCAUCUCCCGACGCCAUGUCUCCACAACCCUUCCAAACCUCUCUACAACAUCCUCUAACCUCUCCACAACCCUCCCAGACCUCUCUACAACAUCCCCAAACACCUCCUCAACCCUCCCAAACCACGUCAGUGGUCGCCUAUCAAGAGAUGGUCUGAUGGUGUGGACCAGUGCUGGUCUGGUAGUCAUGGUGACAGUGUUAGGACUGGUCCUGCUCCUGUUCUACAGACAGAGGAGAGGAACCAGGAGAACACCACCACCACCACCACCACCAGUCUCCUCCAACACACAACCUGACCCUACUGGAGAGGUUGACUGUGUGUACGAGGAGAUCAGAGAGGCAGACAGACAGACAGACACACUUCCUGUGGUCAUCUCUGUAGUCUACUCUACUGUCAAAUCACCUAACAACUCUACAACCUACCCUGCUGACCAAGCCUCUACAACCCACACUGCUGGCCAAGCCUCUACAACCCACCCUGCUGGCCAAGCCUCUACAACCUACCCUGCUGACCAAGCCUCUACAACCUACCCUGCUGGCCAAGCCUCUACAACCUACCCUGCUGGCCAAGCCUCUACAACCUACCCUGCUAGCUCUGCCACAGGUAUCUGCCACCCAGCUUCUCUCAUCUACUCCAAUGUGGAUCUACUCAAAGAUGCUAGAGUCUCUUCAAGUCCUCCAACAGCCAGUGGAACCCAGGAUGAUUCCAUCUACUCUACAGCCCAGCUACCCAAAGAUACUGUAGAAUCUACAAGAUACCCUGCUGUACACCUCUCUAAAGACACUCCAGAAGAUGCCCUCUACUCUACAGCCUAGCUACCCAAAGAUACUGUAGAAUCUACAAGAUACCCUGCUGUACACCUCUCUAAAGACACUCCAGAAGAUGCCAUCUAUUCUACAGCCCAGCUACCCAAAGAUACUGUAUAAUCUACAAGAUACCCUGCUGUGCACCUCUCUAAAGACACUCCAGAAGAUGCCCUCUACUCUACAGCUCAGCUACCCAAAAUAAUGUAGUACUAUAGAAUAUAUACAAGGAAUGUGUCCCAAAUGACACCCUAUUAACUAUCCCCCAUAUGGACCCUGGUCAAAGGCAGUGCUCUAUAGGGAACAAGGUGCCAUCUGGGAUGAAGGGAAGCUCCCUGUAGAGAGAUGAAGGGUUGUCACCACAGAGCCACCAUCUUGGAACGACAUAAAAAAAACAAUCCCUUUCCUGUUUCAAAUCCUCCUUGACACAUUGUAUUAAAACAGCUCAUGUGGUUUUACUGUAUAUAAUCUAUAUAAAAUAUGAACAUCUGGCUUUAAAAUCACUUUUAUCUCCAGAUUUUGUGAAAUUCAACCAACAUUAUUGUAAAUAUUUGUGUAAAUAUGAACUAUGUGUUUGUCAAAUCUUGUCUUCAUUUAGUCUGUUAUAAUAAUGAAGACAGUAAUACCAUAAUAGUCCCUUUGAGAUUUACAUGUCUAUUGUCUAUGUAUAUACACUGUGCCUUUUAAAGCAUUUCAU